UAUUUACUGCCGUUGUUUUUUUCAUCCAUUUCUGUUCCAUUAGUCUUGAUCCCGUCUCUCCUGUUUCCUUCUCAAUCACUGCAGUCCAGCUGCUACAAACUCUCAUGUUUCCAUAGAUUUCCUUCCUCUGUGGAAAUAAAUCAAGUGUUUUGUUGUUUGUAAAGCGGACAGAGAGUAAAAUCCAGCUUUGUAAAGAUCCUUUGAGGUUUCAGUAGAAGCUCAUGAUGGAGGAGUUUUUAUGUGUCAGGACUCACCGGCUGCUUUCAGCUUCUGUUUUGUCCGUCUGAGAAUAAUUUGUGCUUUUUCUCUGAUUCGGAGCCUUUUGACAGAUUUUUAGGGCAGACUUAAAGACGAAGGCGUCCUCAUGCAGGUUUUCUGCUCUGACUAAUUAGUGCUGAGUUUAUUUCUGUGAUUUACAGGGAGUCAACUCACUGUUUUUUAUUCGGCACAUUUAAAAGCACCAAAGUGUAAAAAACCACAUGAAUGUUAACCAUGAACACAAGUAGAACUAUUCCAUCCUGCAGUGCUAUCUAUGGUGUAAUAAACACAUAAAGGAUUAAAACCUGACUAAUAUAUUUCUAUCUGUUGUCUCUCAUUCAGUGUGGAUGUAAAUCUGUGGCUCUUUUUUCCUUCACCAGGAUUGAUGAUGUAAACGUGUAGAAUGAUUCCAGAAUACGUUUCAUUCCAGACAGAAAUACGUUCCAAAUGCAUCUGUCAGAAUUUUAUGGGUCCAACGUGACGACCUGGCUGACGCACACAAAGGAGGCAUCUCUGUUGUGUGUUUGGUCGCUAACACACGCCUCCCUGCCUGGCGAGGUUACCGUGGCAACAGGCAAACAUCCCUCUCUGCUGACUGACGGCGGUUUGGGUGCGACUCGCUGUGUUUGUUCCAGCGUGUUGGAGAGCAGCAGGAAUCUUCAGCAGACAGUGUGGAUGCGUUGUGACCCUCAGAUGGCAGAUCCAGACUCUCCGUCUCCAGCUGAGGUUCCACAGGGAGGACAGGCGUCCAUGGUUCCCCCAGACAGCAGCUGUGAUGCCAGACCGAGCGGCUCCGCUCCGUCCCCGGAUACAGAGCUCCAGGCAGGAGGGCAGGGACCGAGCUGUGCCCCAGAACGGACCCUCAGUCCUGGGCUGAAGAGCCAGACUGGUCCUGGAGGGGAGGAAGAUGUGGCAGCUGGACCACACCAGCCAAUAGGAGGCCAGAGCCUGGUGGCCGUUAGUCACAUGACUGCUGCUGCUUCCUGUCCGACCAUGGCCUCCUCAGUGAGGAAACAGAAACAGCCACAGGAGGCGCUGUGCUGCUCUGAUGUGGCCGGUAGAAGGACGCUGCUGCUGUCCAAUGAGGCGAGGAGACAGAUAGCCAAGCAGGCCAGAGCCAUGAAGGAGGAGAGACGAGCAGCACUGGACGGCCGGCACCAAUACCUGAUCGGCAGACUGGUGGACGCUGGGACGCUGCAGCAGCUGGAGGUGGAGGACGCCCUCAUCUGUGACGACAAGUUCGGUCUGAUCGAUGAUUUCUUUGCUGCGAAUGGAUCAAAGAAGCUGAUUUUCUUCUAUCAGAGCGUGAAGCAGAAUCUGGCCUCCUCUCAUCCCUCCAUCAUGGAAUCAACCUCGGCUGUGGCUCAGAGGAAACUGUUCCUCUCUACUGGGAGCUCAGAGCCUCUACUGGGGAAAUGUCUGUUCUUCCUGAGAACCACUGACAAGGAAAUAACCACUGCUAACAUCCAGCAGGAGGUGAACCUGGGCGUGUUGGACUGCAGUGACGGAGGCUUCCUCAGCAGGCUGGAAACCCUGCUGGCUCACAUCAUGCUACCGGCCCUCAGGUCCCAGCAGACGUGGGGCUCUGUGCAGGACGCUGCAUCCUGUCCUCAUGUCCACGGCUUUCUGUCCUCAGUGGAUCGGUUUGUUGGGAAUCUGAGCUCAGCCAGGAUCAACCUGGAGAGGAAGUUCCAGCUGCAGCAGGUGGAGCUGCCUGAUGCCAUCAGCCAGUUGAGCAGCCCUGCAGACUACACCUGUGCAGCCAAUAACAGCGAGCUGGUGGAGCAUCUGGAGGGCGUGGCCUUGGUGUGGGCCAAUCAGAUCAAGCAGGUGCUGACGGAGAGCGAGCAGAUGAGGAAGGAGGCCGAUGACGUGGGACCGUCAGCCGAGCUGGAGCACUGGAAGAGACGCAUGGUCACCUUCAACAGUCUGAUGGAGGAAGUGAAGCGUCCUGAGGUGAAAAGGACUCUGGGAGUUCUGCAGGUUGCCAGGUCCCGGAUGCUCCGAGUCUGGAGAGAGCUGGACGGGGACAUCACUGUGGUGGCCAACGAGGCCAAGGACAAUGUCAAGUAUCUCUCCACCCUGGACAAGUUCUUUGGACCGCCAGGGAAAAGCACUCCGACCAGUAUGCUGCAGCACAUUCCCAGUCUGAUGAGCAGCAUCAGGAUGAUCCACGGAGUCUCUCAGCACCACCACACCUCAGACAGAAUGACUGCCCUGCUGCUCAGAGUCACCAACCACAUGAUGGCCACCUGCAGGAGCUACCUGACGCAGGGCGUGAGCCGCCUCUGGGACCUGAGCAGGCCGACGCUGCUGCAGAGGAUCUCCGACUGCUGCAGGCUGAAGGUGGAGUACCAGAGGAGCUUCCAGAGCGUCAGAGACAAACUGAGGGAGAACCCCGAGCAGCGGCAGUUUGACUUCAGUGAGAACUACAUCUUUGGGAAGUUUGAUGCUUUCUGCAGGCAUCUGGAGAAGAUUGCUGACAUGGCCUCCACACUGGAGAGCCUGGCCGCUCUGCAGAACAUGAAGGUGGAGGGUGUGGAGAAGAUCUAUGUCCGCUAUCAGAACAUCGUGUCCACAACUGAGUCCAAGACCUACGACAUCCUGGACCACCGCCGGCUGGAGUUUGACAGUGACUUCUCAGACUUCCAGUUCCAGGUCCAGAGUGUGUUUGAGUCUCUUCAGUCUCUGCUGGAGUUCUGGUUCUGUCGUGUUCCUCUGGAGGAGGCGCUGCAGCAGCUGCUGUUGGUCCGGUCAGGUCCCACGGCCCGUCUGGACCUGCAGCGCUUCUACCUGCUGCUGCUGCAGCGCUACAGCAGAGAGCUGGAGCUGCUGAGGAGAACCUACCAGAGGCAGAGAGACGGACCUCCCAUCGGACGCAACCUGCCGCCGGUAGCCGGCAGGAUUCUGUGGUGUCGUCAGCUCUUCAGGAGGGCUGAAGCUCCCAUGCUGGUCCUGAAGAAGCAGCUGGACGUCCUCCAGGGAUCGCUGCUGGCUCAGGUGAUCCGCAGCUACAACAGGACGGCCGUGGUGCUGCUGCAGUACGAGGCGCUGCACCUGCAGGGCUGGAGUCAGGCUGCAGAGGGCGCCCCGCCCCGCCUCAGCGCCGCCCUGUUGGUCCGACAUCACAACAGCAAGGCGCUCUCUGUGAACCUGGACCCUGUGGUUCUGGAGGUUCUGCAGGAGGCCCGCUGGAUGAGCAGACUGGGCGUGACGGUUCCACAGGCUGUCCUCCGAAUGGCUUCCAGAGAAGAACCGCUCAGAGCUUUGUACAGCCGGCUGCUGGAGCUCCUCCAGGACUACAGCUCGGUGCUGGGCAGGAUCCCUCCUCUGCUGCUGCCCGUCCUGCAGCCGCUGGUCAGCCGAGUGGAGGCGGCGCUCUCCCCUGGACUCACCACGCUGUCCUGGACCGCCGGCUGUACCGACGGAUUCGUAGACAGCGUGUACGAGGCUCUGACUGAACUGGACCAGGCAGCCAAGCUUUCCUCAGACCUGCUGGACUGUCGCAUCGGUCGGCUGCUUCAGUCCAUGUCGUCCUGCUGUCUGCUGCUGCUGCCUGAAGACUCACCUGUCUCACCUGAGGAGCUGCUGCAGCAGACGGACCGCUCUGUCCAGGCUGCUGCUGCCGCCCUCAGCUGGCAGAGUCAGCAGGUGGAGAAGCUGGUGUUUGAGCUGAUUGAGGAGCUGAAGAGGAAGAUGAAGACGACGGAUGCCGUUCAUCUGCAGGGGUCCUUCCACUGCCUCCAGCCAGACUCCAGACAGAAGACUCGCUGUCUCUCCUGUCUUCCUUGUCGCUUCUACAACCUGAUUGGUCAGCUGUGUCAUCGCACCACUGAGGCUCUGGUCACAGCUGUCAGAAGCAGCCUGGAGGCCCUCAGGAGGCGACUGUCAGCUCCUCAUCCUCUCCUCAGAGCCUCCGUCCAGCUCUGCAUCCCCGUCCUGGAGCUGAGGCCCAGCCUGGACCAGCUGCAGACUGCAGUGAACCAGCUGCUGAACAUCCUGCUGUCGGUGGCCAAUCACAUUCCUCUGUGGAGCUACGCUCACCUGCAGCUCAGACAGCAGCAGGUGGAGCAGGCGGCGGUUCGUGAUGCAGGUGAGGACGUCCAGGUGAAAGCUCCGGUGCUGCGACCGCUGGACAGACAGCUGGCCGAACACAGAGAUGUCUGCAGGUUACUGGUGCAGCUGGGUUCCAUCAUGUCGGUCCUGAAGGCUCCAGUUGUCGACGCUCUGAAUGAACUCGGUUGUUUCUCUGCUCUGUGGACCCAGGUUCCAGAGCAGCAGCUGCAGAUGUUCCUGCAGAACGAUCCGUCACUGCUGGAGUUCAGCUCCCACAUCUGCCUGUACUCAAAGCUGGAGGAUCAGAUCUCAGAGCUCCCUCCGUUUCUUCCCGUGGGUUCGGUUCUUCUCGACACCGACCGGCUGAAGCUGGCUCUGGCUCACGAGUGUCGUCUCUGGAAACGGGCGUUCGGCGGCGAGCUGAACCGCCGGGCGUCCGCCGACAUGAAUGCCGUCUUCUCAUUGGUGGAGGGGCUGACCAAGCGCCUGCAGCGUCCAAUCACAGACCUGGAGGACGUCCGAGAAGCGAUGGCGGCGCUCAGAGAGGUUCGGGAGGAGGAGGUUCGUAUCGACACCACCAUCGGACCGGUGGAGGAAUCCUUCGCUCUGCUCAGCAAACACCAGCUGCUCUUCACUGACGGGAAUGCAGAACGCUUGGACGGACUGAUGUACGCCUGGAAGAACCUCAACACACUGGUGGUGCAGACCCAGAACAUUCUGGUGAAGGUUGAACCCAGUAUGAAGGCUGAGCUGCUGAGUGCAAUGCAGAUCUUCCAGAGCAACGUUCACAGCUUCUGCUCCGACUACAACCUCAGGGGCCCCGGUGUGGUGGAUGGAGCUCCCGCUGAAGCCAGCGAGCGUCUGCAGAGUUUCCAGGCCGAGUUCGAGCAGCUGUGGAAUAAAUAUACGACUUACUCAGCAGGAGAGGAGCUGUUUGGACUGCCGCCUCACGAGUUUCCUGAGCUGCUCCAGAUCCGGAAGGAGCUCUCUCUGCUGUCCAGACUCUACUCGUUGUACAACUCGGUCACCAACAGCGUCUCCGGCUACUACGACCUUCUGUGGGCCGAACUCAACAUUGACAAGAUCAUCACGGAGCUGCAGGACUUCCAAAACAGGAUCAGGAAGCUCCCGAAGGCGCUAAAGGAGUGGCAGGCCUUCAGAGACCUGAAGAAAUCCAUCGAUGACUUCACAGAAACGUGUCCGUUGCUCCACAUGAUGGCCAACAAGGCCAUGCUGCCCAGACACUGGACUCGUCUCGGUGAUUUGACCGGUCACAACUUCCAGGUGGAAUCGGAGACUUUCUCCCUCAGAAACAUCAUGGAGGCUCCGCUGCUGGAGAACAAAGAGGACAUCGAGGAUGUAUGCAUCAGCGCUGUGAAGGAGCAGGACAUCGAGGCCAAGCUGAAGGACGUCGCCGCGGAGUGGAGCAGCCGGAUGCUCAGCUUCGCCACCUUCAGGACCAGAGGGGAACUGCUGCUCCGAGGGGCCGACACCGCCGAGAACAUCUCCAUGAUGGAGGACAGUCUGAUGGUGCUGACGUCGCUGCUGAGCAACAGGUACAACGCUCCGUUCAAAGCGUCCAUCCAGCUGUGGGUCCAGAAACUCUCCAACACCUCCGAGACCGUGGAGAAGUGGCUGUCGGUUCAGAACCUGUGGAUCUACCUGGAGGCGGUGUUUGUGGGUGGAGACAUCGCCAAGCAGCUGCCUCAGGAGGCCAAACGUUUCCAGAACAUCGACAGGUCCUGGCAGAAGAUCAUGCAGCGAGCACACGAGCUUCCCAACGUGGUGCAGUGCUGCGUGGGAGACGAGACGCUCAGCCAGCUGCUGCCUCACCUGCUGGAACAGCUGGAACUCUGUCAGAAGUCUCUGUCCGGAUACCUGGAGAACAAACGCCUCCUGUUCCCUCGGUUCUUCUUCGUGUCUGACCCGGCGCUGCUGGAGAUCCUGGGCCAGGCCUCCGACUCACACACCAUACAGACUCACCUGCUGAGUCUCUUUGACAACGUGAGUCGAGUUGUUUUCAGUGAGACCUUCUACGACCAGAUGAUCAGUUUCCAGUCCCAGGAAGGAGAAUCUGUGGAGCUGCAGCACCCAGUCUUGGCUCAGGGGAGUGUGGAGGUGUGGUUGGGACAGCUGCUGGCCGGGGUGAGGCUCACCCUCCAUGCCAUCAUCCGUCAGGCCCACCUGGCCAUCAGCGAGCCCGGGAUGGAGCUGCUGGAGCUCCAGUCGGCGUUCCCCGCUCAGGUCGGCCUGCUGGGAAUCCAGAUGAUCUGGACCAGAGAUGCAGAGGAAGCGCUCGGCAACAGCAAGUCCGACAAGAAGAUCAUGCAAACCACCAACCAGAGGUUCCUGGACGUCCUCAACCAGCUGAUCGACGUGACGACGAGGGAGCUGAGCAGGAACGAGAGGACCAAGUACGAGACGCUCAUCACCAUCCACGUCCACCAGAGGGACAUCUUCGACGAGCUGGUGCAUCUGAACGUGCGGUCGGCGUCGGACUUCGAAUGGCAGAAACAGUCGAGGUUUUACUUCCUGGAGGAGGCGGACAGAUGUGUGAUCCAGAUCACAGAUGUGGAGUUCAGCUACUGCAACGAAUAUCUGGGCUGCACCGACAGGCUGGUCAUCACCCCGCUGACAGACAGGUGCUACAUCACUCUGGCCCAGGCUCUGGGGAUGAGUAUGGGCGGAGCUCCGGCUGGACCAGCAGGUACAGGUAAAACGGAGACCACUAAAGACAUGGGUCGCUGCCUGGGGAAGUACGUGGUGGUCUUCAACUGUUCAGACCAGAUGGACUACAGAGGCCUGGGACGCAUCUACAAAGGUCUGGCUCAGUCCGGAUCCUGGGGCUGCUUCGACGAGUUCAACCGCAUCGAGCUGCCAGUGCUUUCUGUCGCCGCCCAGCAGAUCUACAUCGUCCUGCAGUGCAAGAAGAACAAAAAGGAACAGUUCGUCUUCACUGAUGGAGACGUGGUCAACAUGGACCCAGAGUUUGGCAUCUUCCUCACGAUGAACCCCGGUUACGCUGGCCGCCAGGAACUGCCCGAGAACCUGAAGAUCCAGUUCCGCACGGUGGCCAUGAUGGUCCCGGACCGAGCCAUCAUCAUGAGGGUCAAACUGGCCAGUGCAGGUUUCCGUGAUAACCAGGUUCUCAGCAGGAAGUUCUACACCCUGUACAAACUGUGUGAGGAGCAGCUGUCCAAACAGGUUCAUUAUGACUUCGGUCUGAGGAACAUCUUGUCAGUUCUGAGGACGCUGGGAGCUGUGAAGAGAUCGAACCCGUCGGAAGCAGAGCAGACGGUGGUGAUGAGGGUCCUGAGAGACAUGAACCUCUCCAAGCUGGUGGAUGAAGACGAGCCUCUGUUCAUGAGUCUGAUCAAUGACCUGUUUCCUGGCAUUGUUCUGGAUAAAGCCGGUUAUCCCGACCUGGAGGUAUCCAUCGUCCGUCAGGCUCAGCAGGCCGGGCUGAUCCCUCAUCCCCCCUGGAUCCUCAAGCUGGUCCAGCUCUACGAGACCCAGAGAGUUCGACAUGGGAUGAUGGCGUUGGGUCCCAGCGGUUCCGGUAAGUCGUCCUGCAUCCACACGCUGAUGAGGGCCAUGGCGGAGUGCGGCGCCCCCCACAGGGAGAUGAGGAUGAACCCCAAAGCCGUCACGGCGUCGCAGAUGUUCGGCUCACUGGACGUCACCACCAACGACUGGACAGAUGGAGUGUUCUCCACACUGUGGAGGAGAACCCUGAAGGCCAAGAAGGGGGAAAAUAUCUGGAUUGUUCUGGACGGUCCAGUGGACGCCAUCUGGAUUGAGAACCUGAACUCGGUUCUGGACGACAACAAAACCCUGACGCUGGCAAACGGAGAUCGAAUCCCCAUGGCUCCCUGCUGCAAGAUCGUCUUUGAACCCCACAACAUCGACAACGCCUCCCCGGCCACGGUUUCCAGGAAUGGGAUGGUCUUCAUGAGCUCCUCGGUGCUCGGCUGGAGCUCCGUCCUGCAGGCCUGGCUACAGAAACUACCAGAGCAGCAGGCCGACUGCCUGAAACGCUGCUUCGACUGCUGCUACCAGGACCUGCUGGACUUUGUGUUCACUGCUGUAACUCCGAAGAUGCAGCUUCUGGAGUGUAUGUACAUCAGACAGACUAUCGACCUGCUGCAGGGUUUGCUGCUAGCUGUGGAGGACAGACAGGGUUGCCAUGGUGACAUGGGUCGACUGUUUGUCCUGGCGGUCAUGUGGUCUCUGGGCGCUCUGCUGGAGCUGGAAGACCGGGCCAAGAUGGAGGCCUUCCUGAAGGGCUACAGCUCGUCUCUGGACCUGCCCCCCUCUCAGGACCAGCUGACUAUGUUUGAGUUCUGCAUUGGAGCUCAGGGCCAGUGGGAGUCCUGGUCCAAUCAGGUCCCAGAGUACAUCUACCCCAGAGACCACGUCCCCGACUACCGGUCCAUCCUGGUCCCCAACGUGGACAACGUGAGGAUGGACUUCCUGAUGAGGACCGUGAUGAAGCAGGGGAAGGCAGUGCUGCUGAUCGGGGAGCAGGGAACUGCCAAGACCGUCACCGUGAAGAGCUUUCUGGGUAAACUAGACCCGGAGCUCCACCUGGGGAAGACGCUGAACUUCUCCUCGGCCACCCUGCCCUCCAUGUUCCAGAGGACCAUCGAGAGCUACGUGGACAAACGAAUGGGCGCCACCUACGGGCCGCCAGCCGGACGCAGGAUGACCGUCUUCAUAGACGACAUCAACAUGCCCGUCGUCAACCAAUGGGGAGACCAGAUAACCAAUGAGAUUGUGCGUCAGUUGAUGGAGCAGGGCGGCUUCUACAGCUUGGAUCGUCCAGGAGAGUUCAUCACCGUGGUGGAUAUUCAGCUGGUGGCGGCCAUGAUCCAUCCCGGCAGUGGUCGCAACGACAUCCCUCAGCGCCUCAAGAGGCACUUCUGCAUCUUCAACUGCACGCUGCCCUCCGACUCAUCCAUCGAUAAGAUCUUCGGCACCGUGGCUCAGGGAUACUUCUGCCCAGAGAGGGGCUUCCCUCAGGAGGUCUGUGAGCUCGCCGCCGCCCUGGUGGCCUCCACCAGGAGGGUGUGGCAGACGGUGAAGGCCAAGAUGCUUCCGUCUCCUGCGAAGUUCCACUACAUCUUCAACCUGAGGGACCUGAGCAGAAUCUGGCAGGGCAUCCUCACGGUGAAGCCUGAAGUGUGUCGCAGCUCGGAUGUUCUCGCUGCCCUCUUCCACCAUGAAUGCAGCAGAGUGAUCUCCGACCGAUUCGUCGACGGCAGCGACAGACGGACGUUCAGCUCCAUCAUCCAGGAGAUCACAGUGGAGGAUCAUGGGAGAGCGCUGACUGAGCAUGCUCAGUGGGACAGCUGCUUCGUGGACUUCCUGCGUGAAGCCCCGGAGGCAACAGGUGACGAACCAGAAGAUCCAGAACUGGAGGCUCCGAAGGUGUACGAGCCAGUCCCCUCGCCGGAUGUUCUCGCGGAGCGGCUGUCAGUUUUCCAGCAACAGUACAAUGAGGCGGUGAGAGGCGGAGCCAUGGACCUGGUGUUCUUCAAGGACGCGAUGACCCACCUGAUGCGGGUCUCUCGCAUCCUGAGGACGCCGCAGGGAAACGCCCUGCUGGUCGGCGUCGGAGGGUCGGGGAAGCAGAGCCUGACGAGGCUGGCCUCCUUCAUCGCAGGAUACCAAACCUUCCAGAUCACACUGACCAGGUCCUACAGCAGCAGCAACCUCCUGGAGGAUCUGAAAUUUCUGUACCAAGUCGCCGGUCAGCAGGGAAAAGGCGUCACGUUCAUCUUCACCGACGCCGACAUCAAAGACGAGUCCUUCCUGGAGUACAUGAACAAUGUCCUGGCGAGCGGCGAGGUGUCCAACCUGUUUGCUCGCGAUGAGCUGGACGACAUCAGUCAGGACCUGGUUCCCGUCAUGAAGCGGCAGCAUCCUCGCCGAGCUCCCACCCCAGAACAUCUCCACGACUUCUUCCUGUCCCGAGUGCGGAGCAACCUCCAUGUCGUCCUCUGCUUCUCACCCAUCGGGGACAAGUUUCGCACUCGGGCUCUAAAGUUCCCAGGUCUCAUAUCAGGCUGCACCGUGGACUGGUUCCAGCGCUGGCCCCGGGACGCCCUGACGGCUGUAUCGCAUCACUUCCUGUCUCAGUACCAGGACCUCCGCUGCUCCGAGGACGCGAGGCAGAGCGUGGUGGUCGCCAUGGGAACCUUCCAGGACCUGGUGGCAGAGAAGUGCGGCGAGUAUUUCGAGCGUUUCCGCCGUCUGACGUUUGUGACGCCCAAGUCCUACCUGUCCUUCAUCGACAGCUACAAGGUCAUCUACAGCGAGAAGAUCGCACAUGUCGGAAUGCUAGCAGAACGCAUGAACACAGGUCUGUCUAAGCUGAUGGAGGCGGAGCAGUCAGUGUCUCUGCUCUCUGAUCAGCUGCUGCUGAAGGAGCAGGAGCUUGCAGUCACCUCCCAGAGGGCAGAAGGAGUCCUGCAGGAGGUCACGGCUAAAGCUCAGGCUGCUGAGAAGGUGAAGCAGCAGGUGCAGAAAGUGAAGGAUAAAGCUCAGCUCAUCGUGGAUGAGAUCGAAGCCGAUAAAACAGCAGCAGAGUCCAAGCUGGAGGCUGCCAGGCCGGCACUGGAGGCCGCUGAGGCUGCACUGCAGACCAUCAGACCUGCUGACAUCUCCACGGUCAGGAAGCUGCAGAAACCUCCUCACCUCAUCAUGAGGAUCAUGGAUGCCGUGCUGCUGUUGUUCCAGAGGAAGAUUGAGCCAGUGACCGCAGACCCGGAGCGUCCUUGUCCUCGUCCUUCAUGGGCCGAAGCCAUGAAGCUGAUGCAGAACUCCUCCUUCCUCAACAUGCUGCUGAACUUCAGCAAGGACUCCAUCACGGAGGAGGUGGUGGAGCUGCUGGCCCCCUACCUGGACAUGGAUGACUACAACAUGGAGUCAGCCAAGAGGAUCUGCGGUAACGUGGCGGGACUCUGCUCCUGGACUCAGGCCAUGGUGGACUUCUUCAGCAUCAACAAGGAGGUGCUGCCUCUGAAGGCUAACCUGGCCCUGCAGGAGGCUCGUCUGCUGCUCGCUCAGGCUGAACUCGCUAAAGCUCAGGAUCAGCUGGAUGCCAAGCAGCAGGAGCUGGACGCUGUGCAGGCUCUGUACGACGCUGCCAUGAAGGAGAAGCAGGACCUUCUGGACGACGCUCAGACCUGCCGCCGUAAGAUGUCCAACGCCACGGCUCUGAUCGACGGGCUGGGAGGAGAGAAGGUCCGGUGGACCGACAGCAGUGCCAGGUUCCAGACUCAGAUCAGACGCCUCGUGGGGGAUGUCCUUCUGUCCUCGGGCUUCCUGUCCUAUGCCGGGCCCUUCAACCAGGAAUACCGCCACCUGCUGCUGGAGCUGUGGAAGCAGGACAUGGAGGACAGACGCAUCCCCUUCAGUCCUGACCUGGAUGUGAUUGGUCUGCUGGUGGACAGCACCACGGUGAGCGAGUGGAACCUGCAGGGUUUACCCAGCGACGACCUGUCCGUCCAGAACGGCAUCGUGGUGACGAAGGCAUCCCGCUACCCGCUGCUCAUCGACCCCCAGGGCCAGGCCAAGACCUGGAUCCAGAACAGGGAGCGGGAGCAGCAACUGCAGGUGACGUCUCUGAACCACAAAUACUUCCGGUCCCACCUGGAGGACAGCCUGUCUCUGGGGCGCCCCCUGCUGCUGGAAGAUGUCGGGGAGGAGCUGGACCCCGUCCUGGACAACAUCCUAGACAAAAACUACAUCAGGUCUGGAUCCACCUAUAAGGUGAAGAUUGGAGAUAAGGAGGUGGAUGUGAUGAAAGGCUUCAGGCUGUACAUCACCACUAAGCUGGCCAACCCGGCCUACAGUCCUGAGGUCAGCGCCAGGACGGCAGUGGUGGACUUCACCGUGACCCAGAGAGGCCUGGAGGACCAGCUGCUGGGCCGAGUCAUCCUGCUGGAGAAGCAGGAGCUGGAGGCAGAGCGGGUGAAGCUGCUGGAGGAGGUGACGUCCAACCGGAGGAGGAUGCAGGAGCUGGAGGACAGUCUGUUGCUCCGCCUGACCAGCACCCAGGGCUCCCUGGUGGAGGACGAGUCCCUGAUCCAGGUCCUGAGGGUCACCAAGUCCACGGCUCAGGAGGUGAGUGAGAAGUUGUCGGUUGCCGCGGAGACGGAGGUGAAGAUUACCCAGGCCAGGGAGGAGUACCGGCCGGUGGCCACCAGGGGGAGCAUCCUCUACUUCCUGAUCGUGGAGAUGUCGCUGGUGAACAUCAUGUACCAGACGUCACUGCGACAGUUCCUGGGGCUGUUCGACUCAUCCCUGAUGAACUCGGAGAAGAACCAGCUGACCUCCAGACGCAUCGGCAGCAUCAUCGACUUCCUCACCUGCCAGGUGUUCUGCUACACAACCAGAGGUCUGUAUGAGGAGCACAAGCUGCUCUUCACUCUGCUGCUGGCUCUGAAGAUCGACCUGCAGGCCCGAAACAUCUCACAGUCUGAGCUGCUCACCUUCAUCAAAGGUGGUGCUUCUCUGGACCUGAACUCUGUAGAGUCUAAACCUCGUCGCUGGAUCUUGGACCAGACGUGGUUGAACCUGGUGCAACUGUCGUUCCUGUCUCCCUUCUCCCGGCUCCUGGUCCAGGUGAACCAGAACGAGCGUUCCUGGAGGACAUGGUUCGACCAGCCGGCACCAGAAGAAGCUCUGUUGCCUGAUGGGUACGAGGAGAAGCUGGACGCCUUCCGGAAGCUUCUGCUCAUCCGUAGCUGGUGUCCGGACCGGACCAUCGCUCAGGCUCGCUGCUACAUCUCCGAGUCUCUGGGUCGCCGCUAUGCUGAAGGUUCGAUUCUGGACCUGGAGGCCUUGGUGGCAGAGAGCGACUGCAGGACUCCGAUGGUCUGUCUGCUCUCAAUGGGCUCCGACCCAACGGAGAACAUCGAGAAACUGGCCAAGAGCAAGGGGGCGCCGUGCCGCCCCAUCUCAUUGGGGCAGGGCCAGGAGGUGUAUGCUCGCAGGCUAUUGGCCAGCAGCAUGACGGACGGCGGCUGGCUCCUCCUCCAGAACUGCCACCUGGGCCUGGACUUCCUGGAUGAGCUGCUGGAGAUGGUCACUGCAGCGACGCCAGAGAGCGUGCACAGAGGCUUCCGGGUGUGGCUGACGACCGACGUGCACAACAGGUUCCCCAUCACGUUCCUCCAGUCCUCCAUCAAGUUCACCAACGAACCUCCUCUGGGGAUGAAGGCUGGUCUGAAGAGGACUUUCGGUGGUGUCAGUCAGGACCAGCUGGAGGUCAGCAGCCGUCCUGAGUGGAGGCCUCUGCUCUACGCCGUGGCCUUCCUUCACACCACUGUACAGGAGCGUCGCAAGUUUGGUCCCCUCGGCUGGAACGUCCCCUAUGAGUUCAACCAGGCGGAUUUCACCUCCAGCAUCCAGUUCAUCCAGAACCACCUGGACGAGCUGGAUGCCAAGAGAGGCGUGAACUGGAGCUGCCUGCGCUACAUGCUGGGUGAGGUCCAGUACGGCGGCCGGGUGACCGAUGACCUGGAUAAACGUCUCCUCAACACCUUCACUCGUGUCUGGUUCAGUGAGAACACCUUCAGCGACAAGUUCUGCUUCUACCGGGGCUACGGCGUCCCAUCCAAGGCCCGGACGGUCCAGGACGUCCUGCAGCACAUCGAGGUCCUGCCGCUGGUCGACUCACCAGAGGUGUUGGGGCUCCACCCCAACGCUGACAUCACCUACCAGACCAACCUGGCCAAUCAGACGCUCAGCACCAUCGUCAGCAUCCAACCGAAGGACGGUGGGGGCGGGGCUGGGGAGACCAGGGAAGCGGGCGUACGGAGACUGGCCAAUGAGAUGCUGGAGAAGCUGCCACCCGACUACAUACCGCAUCAGGUCAAAGGUCAACUGCAGAAGAUGGGUCCUCUUCAGCCAAUGAGCAUCUUCCUCCGCCAGGAAGUGGAGCGCAUGCAGCGAAUCAUCAGCAGUGUACGGAGCACGCUCAAUGACCUCAUACUGGGCAUCGACGGCUCCAUCAUGAUGUCUCAGGACCUCCGUGGUUCUCUGGACUGUCUCUCUGACUGUCGGGUUCCUGGUGUGUGGUUCCGUCUCAGCUGGCCGUCUUCGUCUCUGGGGUUCUGGUUCUCGGAGCUUCUGGAGAGGAACCAUCAGCUGGUGGAGUGGAUCGGUACUGGUAGACCCAACCAGUUCUGGCUGACCGGCUUCUUUAACCCGCAGGGUUUUCUAACUGCCAUGCGUCAGGAGACGACCCGCUCCAACCUGUCCAGGGGGUGGGCCUUGGAUACCGUCACCCUUAGCAAUGACGUCACCAAAAUGAUGAGGGAGGACGUGUCGGCCCCGCCACCCGAGGACGUGGGUGGAGUCUACAUCUAUGGCCUCUUCCUGGACGGGGCGGGAUGGGACCGGAGAGGGGCCAGACUGAGCGAGGCACCGCCCAAGGUCCUCUUCACUCCCCUCCCAGUUGUCCACGUCUACGCCGUCAGUGGAGCCAACAUGGCGGACAGGAAGCAGCCUGGCGGCCAUGGCGGCUCCAUCCUGUACUCGUGUCCCGUCUAUAAGAAGCCUCAGAGGACCGACCAGAACUUCAUCUUCUGUCUGCAGCUGAGGAGCGUCCAGCCGGCCGACCACUGGACGCUACGAGGCACCGCACUGCUCUGCGACUGCAAAAGAUGUUCCACC